ACCUCGGUUGCUUCCCUUUUGAUUCUCCCAGUACGCACACAGUACGGAGUCGCUCCCUCGUGAAACUCUGGAACUGGAAACUAUAAACUGAAUUAUUUUGCAUUAGAAAAUAUUUAAAGCCGAAGCUUUAAUGUGCGUCUUUAUUCAGCUGUGGAGGAACAACCUGAACGCAAACGGGCAGUGAUGUUGAGUGGAUAUUUUUAACGGCAUUGGGGAAUUCUAACGCUGUGCCGUGUUCACCAGCUGCUCUCCCCCAAUCCAGCAGACCUGAUGAAGACUCUACGCUACUGGAAACCUUAUCUGUAGUUUUGCACUACAAGAAAUUGGAUGCCACGCUUCAUUACUGCCACACUGGAUGCAGCUGAACCAGACAAGUAGGCAAAAUGCUUUCUAUUGUCCCAGUGGAUUAACAUAAUUCUGAAGAGAUGACAGAGUUGCCUUGAACAGCUGUAGUGAAAACAAUUAAAGAGAAAAGUUGGUGCCAUUAUUUCAAGCAUUGUGUAGUUGGUCAAGAUGACUAGUUUGUUUCGGCGGAGCAGCAGCAAUGGCAGCUCUCGAGGAGGAGGAGGAGGAGGAGGAGAAGGGACAGGGGGAGGCGGUGGUAGUGGAGGAGGAGGACCAACCACCGGUGAGCUAAACAACAGCAGGCCGAACAGGCAGGUACGGCGGCUGGAGUUUAAUCAGGCCAUGGAGGACUUUAAGACCAUGUUCCCCACCAUGGAUUAUGAGGUGAUCGAGUGUGUGCUACGUUCCAACAAUGGGGCCGUGGACGCCACCAUAGACCAGCUUCUGCAGAUGAGCAUAGACGACAAUGGAUCAGACGACAGUUCAGACUCUGAUGACAGCAUCCCACCUGAGAUUCUGGAGAGGACUCUUGAACCUGACAGCUCGGAUGAGGAGCCACCUCCAGUCUACUCUCCUCCCACAUAUGACAUGCAUAUUUAUGACAGGAAACAUCUCAAUGCACCACCCACUCCACCCCCAAGGUUUGAGGUGCAGCCGACUUCGGGACAGCAGCAAACCCGAAGUUACAGAAACUGGAACCCACCUUUACUCGGCAACUUGCCUGAUGACUUCCUUCGAAUCUUGCCCCAGCAGUCAGACUGUACACAGAGCUCUAAAGGCACCGAACACGAGCCGUGUUCCUCUUCAGCAUCAGUGCCUGGUCAUGCUGCCUCUGUAUCUGGUGCAUCUGGAGCUUCCGAACAGGAGCGAAAGCUCAAACAGUACCUGGAAGAUGAGCGCAUUGCACUUUUCCUCCAAAAUGAGGAGUUCAUGAAGGAGUUACAGCGCAACCGGGAGUUCCUUAUCGCACUGGAACGAGAUCGCCUUAAAUACGAGUCCAAGAAAUCCAGGUCAAGUCAUUCAGCUGGCAACUCCACUGGUGUCUAUAACACUCCUGGAUCAUUUGAGGCUUGCACUACAGUGUCAGACGAUGCACUGUUCAGAGACAAACUUAAACACAUGGGAAAAUCAACCAGAAAGAAACUGUUUGAAAUUGCAAAAGGGUUUUCAGAAAAGACAAAACGGAGGAAGUCCAGAAGAAGAACGCUACUGAGGCAUCAUUCACUGGGCACUACAAACUCCACCGCCAAUUUACUGGAUGAUGUGGAGGGAAACCCAUGUGAAGACGAGAGUCAGCUCAGAAGAUUGGCUACUCAAGAAGAGGAACGGCCUCACAGAGAAGCACUUUCAUGAUUUUCCUGGCGUAUGUAAGGAUUCUGUGAUGACAGCAGAAUGAUCCAUGGCAAGGACUCCAUGGUUUCGCUGCAUAAUUCAUACCAAGGAGGUCCUUCCUUACAGUUCCAGUCUGCUCUGGCUCCUCGCGCACAGGAUGAGACCGACUAUUGGAAUGCAGCAUUGUAACAGCCUAGUAUUAUUAUUAUUACUUCAUGUGUUCUUUUAACUGUAUAGAAACGUUUAGUUAAUAUAUAAUUACAUAGGUCAGACUAAAGAAAGUGUAUUCAUUUCUUUUUUUCUCUGUAUGAUUAAAAAAAAUCUUGAUUUUUACUAGUUUGUGAACUAAGAAAUACUUAAAAUAUAUAUUUUCUCCUAAUCUAUUUAUGGUUUUAGCAGCAUUUGAUUUGUUACUGGUUAGCCAUUUUCUACACCUGGGCAAAAUGUCGAAAUAUACAAGUAGCUUUUUUGUCCAGCUUUUUUAAAUAUCAGUCUGUAAUGUUUUUACAGUGUUUAAGAAUGAAACAUACAUAAAACAUGAACUUUAUUUACUCAAUGAAAUUUUAUUAUUUCAAACUAUGGUAAGUUAUUUAAUUCAUGCUUUAAUACCUUAGUGUUUUGUUUUAAAUAUAAUUUACCCGAACUUGCAUCGAUUUGGUCAUUUAAAUGGUCGCUCAGGUGGCGCAGUGGUAAAAACACACGCUGGAACCAGAGCUGGGAUCUCGAAUACAUCGUAUCGAAUCUCAGCUCUGCCUACCGGCUGAGGCUGAGCAGCCACAUGAACAGUGAUUGGCCUGUUGUUCAGAUAUGGGCGGGACUAAGCCGGAUGGGGUCUCUCUCCCAUGACAAUUGCGACCUCUGCUGGCUGAUUGAUGGCGCCUGCACAGAGAAAAUAGUGCUCUCAGGGUGUGUCCCCUCCGUGCACAACGCUGAGCUGCACUGCACUCGUCAAAGUGUAGGUGAUAAGAUGCAUACGGCAUGCUGCCCACAUGUUGGAGGGGGCGUGGGUUAGCUUUGUUCUCCUCAAUUAGAGCAGAGAUCGGCAUUGGUGGAGAGGAAGUGUGACGCAGUCGGGCAAUUGGACGCACUAAAAAGGGAGAAAAAGGGAAGAAAAUGCAUAAAGAAAAUAUAAAGAAAAAAGAUUGGUUAUUUAAAUGAUAUAAUGCUAUUAUAAUGUAAAACUAUAAGCAAACCUGAUACAGUUGUUGACCACUGUAAAUGCCCUCUUGUCUAACAAUACUCAUUAACAGUCCGCUAUGCCGUUACUGUGAUCAAAGAUGAACUUUCACAUUUAGUUAUAUUUUCUUGGCUGGAAAUGUUAGAUAAUGUAAAAAAAAAAAAUAAAAAAAAAGAAUAAUUAUUUAGCCCCUCAAAAUUGUUGUUGAUAGUCAGAAAAAGGACCAGUGAGGUUUAUGUGUCUGGAUUAAGGUUUAGCUUCCAAGAAUGAAUAUAGCAACAUCAACUAAGGAGCGGUUUAACAAUGCAAUUAUAGUUCUACAUCAUAGCAUCUGUAACAAAAUGGCCCACUAUCUCAAAAAUAAAAAAUUACAUUUGUUAAAUUAAAUACGCAUUAAAUUUUCUUCAUGGCAUUGUCAUACAAGAACUGUGAUGUUGAAAUUUAUUUAAAUAUGUAUAGUGGGGAAUUAUUUAAUGAUUUGAUUGAUAUUAUUAAAGAUCACUCCCAAUCCAGAAAAAUAUUAUUUGGGUAUUUACAAGUUCCAAGUAGGUUUUAAUGUCAUCUUAGCUAUUAACAGUGUACAGUACACAGAGACAAAAUGAGUAUUUAACUGUGUAACAGCUCUGUUGUUAAAGUUUGAUUUGACAUUUUUACAUAAACAUGAAAAUGUGGAGUUCAUGUGUGUCUUGGAUCAGUUCGUUAUUGGGUGAAUAACCGAUGCCAGGAAAGAUUUUUAUUCUUGCCAGAAAUGCAGUUUUCCCUCCAACUUUAGCAUUGAAUAGCACUGCAACCUUUCAGUGUUUUACAUGGUUUUCAACAUUUCACAGUAUUUGUCAAGAUUUUUUUAAUGCAUUUUCUCCCCUUUUUCUUUCAAUUUUUUUAUUGUGUCCAAUUCUUACCCAAUUGCGUUAUGCUUCCUCUCCACUGGUGCUGACCCCCGCCCUGAUUGAGGAGAGCGAACUGACACACACCCCCUCUGACACGUGUGCAGUAGCCAGCUGCAUCUUUUCACCUGCACGAGACGAGUUCAUAUGCGGAUCAGCUGUGUGCAUGGAGAGCCACACCCUGAUCGCAUUAUCCCUCGACUCUGUGUAGGCGGCAUCAAUCAGCCAGCAGAGGUCGUAAUUGCAUCAGUUAUGAGGUCCCUAUCCAGCUUUUCCCACCGUGUAUGAACAGCCAAUUGUUGUUUAUAUAGCCGCCCAGCCCAGCCGGAUGGCAGAGCUGAGUUUCAAACUGAUGAGUUUGAAAUGUCAGCUCUGGUGUGCUAGCGUGUUUUACAGCUGCUUUUAAGGCUGCACCACAUCUACAACUAUUAUUAUACCACUACUAUUCCAUUAUACUAUACAUAUUGCUUUUUAUGGUAUCCUAUAAAAGAAUUAUUUUGUAACAGCCUAUUUGAUAAAUUGAUAUUUGUUUUCAUUUCUGAAAAAAAUUGCUUAUUGUUACUGUUAUGACUAUAAACGUAUUACUGCAUUAAUGCUUAACCAUCACAGUAUAGUUUAUCCCACAUGGCCUGUUUACACUAGUCCAUUUAAUCUCUCAGGGAAUUCUCAUUUAAUCAUUCGGUACAAGCACAACUUGAAUGGUUCAUGUAGCAAGCGCAGAAAUCCUUUGUAAUGCAAUAAAAACUGACUAACCAAAUUAUUUUUUACAACUGAGUAACAUUUUCACAUUUCCGCAUGACUUUGAAUGAUUUUAAAUUCUAAAAACUCCAAAAUCGACUUAACACUGUAGUCUUCAUGAAGGGUGAUGUUUGAGUGAAUUAACUGUAUUUGGUGAAUAAAGGUUGUGCAGUGAUAGUUGUGUGUUGAUGAAUAGAAUGUAGUCUUUGUGAUUUUAAGUAAAGUAAACUUUUGAACUCAGAUCAGAUGGAUCGUUUUACAGUAACAGUGUUAGUAGGAUUUUUAUUAUUAUUAUUAUUAUCUUUAGGACUUCUAAUUGCGUCUGUUGCACUAAGAAGUGUGAUUGUUUUGUAACCUGUCCAAACCAGACCCAAAAGUUUCUUACAAUUCAAAAAUGUUUUAGUUACUGAAAAGUAAUAAAGAUAUUAUAUGUUG